CCCCCCCCUCUCUCUCUCCUAUAUAAUCUCUGUCUUUCUUCCUCAUUUUUCAGUUUGUUAAUCUGCUACUUUUUCUCUUUCUGCGUUCUCGUUGUUUUACUUUCUGUAGUUCAUGAAUUGCCCGGUAAAUGUUGAAUCUACCAGUAAAAAAAAAACCUGAUUUUUGGGCGAAAUGAAGAUAAAAAGUUUUGUUCUUGAGAAGAUUGAGCUUAAUUACCAAACGGGCUUAGUUUCCUUCCAGCUUUAGAGAUAAUACAACAUCUUAUUUUUGUUGAAUUUGUUUAAUUUGAGGAGUAAGUGAAUGGAGAUUUGGGAUAAAUUUGAUAACUUUUGGGGAAAUGCAUUAUGUUUCCGAAACUGGGUAACAAUCCAAGUUCAUGGAAUUUCGGCUUAGUGAACAAUUUUUCUUUUUUCUUUGUGAUUGAUCGUUACGUGUUGUGCCCGUGGUGGUUUUGGUUGAACCGUGUAGUUGGUAGUGGUGAAAUGAAGAGAUAUUAGUGUUCAAGGCCACUGAGCUUGCUUUACGGGUUGGAGAAGAAAUGAAUGCUUUCAAGGCUUAUAAAGCCAGUGUCCCAAUUGCAUGGAGCCCUAAUCUGUAUAUAACUUUGGUGAGGGGAAUCCCGGGAACCAGGAGACUUCACAGGCGUACUUUAGAGGCAUUACGUCUCGGAAAGUGCAACCGAACUGUCAUGCGAUGGAAUACUCCUACAGUCAGGGGAAUGCUCCAACAGGUUAAGAGAUUGGUCGUGAUUGAGACAGAAGAGAUGUAUAAAGCCCGCAAACAAAACUUGGAAAGCCACCGAGCUCUGCGCCCCCCUUUGGUCAUAAAUCACCAACCUGCUUCUGCAAGUGGUUCUUCUUAAUGGCCUAUGUAAUUGUUUAGAGGUCAGCUCUCAGCUUCUUAGAUAUGUGCCUCUUGAUCGAGGAGACUAGUAUUCCUGUAUUUUUUUUAUAAGAAGCCAAUUCUGGAUCAGAAUCUGCAGUGGUUCUGAACUAGUUCAUUAAUGCUGAAACAAGUAAUCUUGCAACUAGAUGGCUUCUAUAUGCAGUAUGUUGGAUGGUUUGAUUUGACGAAUGCCUGAUUUCUUGACGUGUCA